AGUUUAGAACUGAUGAUCUCGACAGUGAUUGAGUGAGCCAAUAAGAUUAGAUCUGUCAACAACAUUAAACAUUUCUUCGGACAGUGACGAAAGAAAGAAGAGAGAUCAUUAAGCAAGCAAAAGCGAAAGUCAGAUCACAAUCACAAACAAACUCUCGUAUUAGAUUAUUUAGAUUCCUUUCUCGCUUCUUCCUCUGUCGGCAGAUUUCGAAAUUCAUAGGGCUCUCUGCUCGAAUCAGGGGUUUAGAGUAAAACCGUGGAGGAUACGGCGACAGGAGAAGGGGAGAGAUGAGGAGGCGGAGGGUAGCUAGAAGGAGAUUGUUGAGUUGGAUAUGGCUUCUCCUCGCUUCUUUCUCUGUCGCUGGAUUGGUUCUCUUUAUGGUUCAGCAUCGUCAUCAUCAUCAACAACAAGAUCCAUCUCAGCUUAUACUUGAAAGAGACACAAGCACCGAGGACGUAUCUCCUCCUCCCCGUUUAAACUUCACUGAAGAGGUAACAAGCGCUUCCUCGUUCGCUAGGCAGUUAGGAGAGCAAAUGACGCUUGCCAAGGCUUAUGUUUUUAUAGCCAAAGAGCACAACAAUCUUCACUUAGCUUGGGAGUUGACUUCUAAGAUCAGAAGCUGUCAGCUUCUGCUCUCAAAAGCUGCGAUGAGAGGCCAACCCAUUUCACUAGACGAAGCUAAACCCAUCGUUACCGGUCUAUCGACUCUUAUCUACAAGGCGCAAGACGUGCAUUACGACAUAGCCACCACGUUGAUGACCAUGAAAUCUCACAUCCAAUCCCUUGAAGAGCGUGCAAGCGCAGCCACUGUUCAAACCACAUUAUUUGCGCAAUCGGUUGCUGAGGCGUUACCAAAGAGCCUCCACUGUUUGAUGGUCAAGCUCACAUCUGACUGGCUAACCGAGCAGCCAUCACGCCGUGGACUAGCGGAGGAGAACAGAAACUCGCCUAGGCUUGUUGACAACAACCUCUACCAUUUCUGUAUCUUCACUGAUAACGUGAUAGCCGCCUCGGUUGUUGUUAACUCAACCGUCUCUAAUGCUGAUCAUCCGAAACAGCUUGUUUUCCACAUAGUGACGAAUCAAGUGAGCUACAAGGCUAUGCAGGCUUGGUUUCUAGGUAACGACUUCAAAGGCUCAGCUAUAGAGAUCAGGAGCUUAGAAGAGUUCUCUUGGUUGAAUGCUUCUUAUUCUCCCGUUGUUAAACAACUUCUGGAUACAGAUUCAAGAGCUUACUAUUUCGGAGACCAGACAAGUCAAGAAACGAAUCCUGAGCCCAAAGUGAGGAACCCGAAGUACCUGUCAUUACUAAACCAUCUCAGAUUCUACAUCCCCGAGAUCUAUCCUCAGCUAGAGAAGAUCGUGUUCCUUGACGAUGAUGUUGUCGUUCAGAAAGAUUUGACUCCACUCUUCUCCUUGGAUCUGCAUGGGAACGUCAAUGGAGCUGUGGAGACAUGUCUUGAAGCCUUCCACCGUUACUACAAGUAUCUAAACUUCUCGAACCCACUCAUCAGCUCAAAGUUCGACCCGCAAGCAUGCGGAUGGGCCUUUGGUAUGAACGUUUUCGACCUGGUCGCUUGGAGGAAAGCGAAUGCGACUGCUAGGUACCACUACUGGCAAGAGCAGAACGUAGAACGGACGCUUUGGAAGCUGGGGACUCUCCCUCCGGGUCUAUUGGCUUUCUAUGGUCUCACUGAACCGCUAGACAGAAGGUGGCAUGUGUUAGGUUUAGGUUACGAUGUGAACGUUGAUAACCGUCUGAUCGAAACGGCUGCUGUGAUUCACUACAAUGGUAACAUGAAACCUUGGCUGAAGCUGGCUAUAGGUAGGUAUAAACCGUUCUGGUUAAGGUUUUUGAACUCCAGUCAUCCUUAUUUACAAGAUUGUGUCACAGCUUAAAAAAACAAGAAAACACUUUUGAGACAUUGAUUUUCUUAUACACUUUGAAGAUUCUUUUUUUGUUUUCUUUUUUGUAAUAUUGUAGAGAUCUCAGAAAAUUUGUCAAUUGUCAUAUUCAGAUUUUCUCUGAAGGCUGUUCUUCCCUGUCUUAUGGUCUAAAGAGACAUUCCACACAUUAGAGAGUGGUUGAAUAGAUUUCAUGUAUACUUAUUUUUGCCAGUACAAACUUUAUAUGUAAAAUCAUGCUGCUA